AUGACUACCGAUACGGUCACUGAUGUUCUCAUCGUCGGGGGAGGUUAUGCAGGCCUUUCCGCCGCAUCAACGCUCUACCGGGCGACACAUUCGACUAUUGUGUUCGACUCCAACAUAUUUCGUGAUAAUCUUGCGCCCCAGAUACGGUUACUCCCGGGGUUUGAGGGAGCAUCUUCAGAUCGCUAUCGCGAGGUAGCUCGGACUGAGCUUGAAAAAACUGGGCUUUGUUCGUUUGUGAACUCCGAAGUCACUGAAGUGGAAAAGAUAGAAAAUGGUUUAUGGAAGUUGACAACAGAGGAUGGAAACAAUUGGCUGGGAAAGAAAAUCAUUCUGGCAACAGGCGUAGAUGAGAUCUAUCCUGAUAUUGCAGGUUAUGAGGACUGCUGGGUGACGGGGAUAUUUCCGUGCCUUUUCCAGUUUGGAUAUGAGGAACGGGGCGUUGAGUCGGCCGGCAUCUUAGUUGUUAACAAACUAGCGCAACAUCUUCCACAAGUGGUAAAAUUGGCAGGCGAUGCUAACAAAUUCGCGCGCAAUGUCAACCUGUACACCAACGGUGACCGAGAGGUGACCGCCAAUCUGGAGCCGCUUGUGCAGGGGACAAAUUUUCGGAUUAGGGAUUGCCCGAUCCGCCGUCUCGUAAAACAGAAGAAUCGGGCCGAAGUCGUGGUUGAGUUAGACGACGAUACCGUUAUCACCGAAGGAUUUCUCGUUCAUCAGCCGUACACAAAGCUUCGGGGCCAGCUUCCAGAGCGUCUAGGAUUAGAGAUGACUCCAUUUGGAGACAUUAAAGUCCAGCACCCAUUCCCAGCGACCAGUGUGCCGGGAAUAUACGCUGCAGGAGACUGCGCCUCGCCGUUCAAGAACGCAUCCAUGGCUAUUGCCGCAGGCGUUUGCGCCGGAAACGGAGUUGCCAGAGAGCUUCCGGGUUCGCUUGAGAUUGAAGUGCAGUAA